CUAUCAUAUUCCUGACUCUUAUGUCAUCGAAUAGAAGGAAGACUCUCUUUCUCUCCCAUUUCUAUACGAUAUUUUUGCAUAUAAAUCAGUGUAUACUUGUAUAAUUGGUAUAAUUAAAUGAAUUGAACUUUGGAUCGAUGAUACGGAAUUAAUUGAUAUGAUCACAAAAGAAUAAAAUAAUAUACAAAAAGCAAGUUUCUCUCGAUAAACAUAGACAUAAAUGUAUACACGAUGGUUGACCAUAAUAAAUAUAACCUCUAUUUGGUGUAUACUUGAGAUCAACAUUUCUUCUUUACCUUCUUUUACGAAUAUUUCUUCUCAUUGAAAGCUAUACCUUUUUCAUCUAGCAGCUUACGAGAUGAUGAGCAAUCUCACAGAUGCCCAUUGGUUUUCCCUGGCAUCGCAGGGAAACAUCUAUUCGAUGACUAAAUUAUGUUCUCCCAGUAGUUCCAACAAAUUGUUAGUUGCAUCAUUGAAGAGAAAGAUUUAUUCCUGCGAAUAUCAUCAAAUGACAGAAUUUCUGAGGCCUAUGGUAAAGGAACUACUGUUUACGUACAUUCCCAGUGGUGCAGAAAUUAUCUCCAUUGAUGCUUAUAAUAAAUCAGACACAGGAGAUAGUUUCGUGAUAGGAAUAACAAUUAUGAAAACAAGCACAGACACAAUCGAGAGGUACCUAAAUAUAUACACAGAGGGUGCGAUAGAUGGUGAAGGGGAUGAAGGUAGUUCAAUUGAAGCUAUAGCUCAGAAUUGUCUGAUGGUAGAACUAUCAUAUACUCCUUACCACUUAUAUCAUACUGUUUUACCACAAUCAAAUUUUACACACGAGCUAGUUUGGUUAAUAUCCGGAAGCGAUAAUAAAAUUCAUAUGAUAAGGGAGGAUAAAUUAAGUCACGUUUAUAGCGAGUCCUCCAUUGAAAAAUAUUUUCCAGAGCUACAUGACCUACGAGCAAUCGCGUUAUGGAUUAAUAUUUAUUAUUAUGACAAUUAUAAACGGAGAGUCACCGCCGUUGGUUGUGAAUGCGGUCUAGUCAAAGUUGCCGUGAUAAACGUGAUGGAUCUACAAAUUUCUCAAAGUUGGCUAUUGAGAUAUGAUAAGCCUGUACCUAGUGUGAUAGUAUUCCCCCAGCAAAAUAUCAUUGAUAAACCAGCAUUCAUAAACGCCAAUGUUGAAGCUGAAAAAUGUAUUCCUGCAGACGACAUCCCUAAAUUAAACAUUGUUAUUUCAAGUACAAGUAACGCUGUUGUUUUUGAAAAUAUUUUGGAACAUGGCAUGAAACGGGAUAUAAUAUUAAGCGGCAGCGAAUCGUCGGAUUGCAUUCUGUGCUGUUGCAUAGCAGACAUAAAUAUGGAUGGUCAAAACGAGAUAUUACUCGGCACUUACGGUCAGGAAGUUCUGAUUUUCGAAUUGACGAAUAAUGCAUGGGAAUUAAGUGCUAGAAAAUUAUUCGACGCUCCUGUGCAUUCUAUAAGUUACAUGGAUAUAACAAAUGAUGGAAUAAAAGAACUGAUUGUACUCACGCAACGGGGUGUACACAUAUUACAGCAUGAUAUAGCUGACGUACGAACAAAAUGGAAAGAACGUUAUGGAAAAUUAUUUAAUAUUACUCGGGAAAAAUUAUAGUACGUAACAGAAGAUGAUAAAUUUCCUUUAUAUAUUUUACAUCUAUGUCAUAUAUAUAUAUAUAUAUAUAUAUAUAUAUAUAUAUAUAUAUAUAUAUUGUAUAUACUAUUUUCAAUUUAGGUUAAAUAUGUGAUAAAAAAAAACAAAAAAUAUAUCUUUGUUAAAUUAUUUUGAAACUGAAAGAAAAUAUAAUACAAGAUUGUUAAAUCUA